AUGCAGCUUCACAUCUCGCCUAGCAUGAGAAGCAUCACGAUAUCGAGCAGUAACAGCAAUGGGGGGUUUAUUGACUUGAUGAAGAUCAAGGUCGCAGCUCGCCACAUCUCUUAUCGAACCCUUUUCCACACCAUUCUCAUUCUUGCUUUCUUGUUGCCCUUUGUCUUCAUUCUCACUGCCCUCGUUACCCUUGAAGGUGUCAACAAUUGCUCCUCAUUCGAUUGCUUAGGUAGGCGACUUGGACCAAGGCUUCUUGGCAGGGUCGAUGAUUCUGGGCAGAGGUUGGUCAAGGACUUCCACAAGAUACUGAAUCAAGUUAAUGCAGAGGAAAUCCCCAAUGGUCUAAAGCUCCCGGAGUCAUUUAGUCAACUCGUUGCUGAAAUGAAGAGCAACCAAUACGAUGCAAAGACAUUUGCUCUGACAUUGAGAGCUAUGAUGGAGAAAUUUGAAAGGGAAAUUAGAGAAUCGAAAUUCGCAGAGCUGAUGAACAAACACUUCACUGCAAGUUCCAUUCCAAAAGGCAUCCACUGUCUCUCUUUGCGUUUGACGGAUGAAUAUUCCUCUAAUGCACAUGCGCGCAGGCAACUGCCUGCUCCAGAGUUGCUCCCUUUGUUGUCUGACAACUCUUACCAUCACUUCAUACUAUCAACAGACAACAUUUUGGCAGCAUCUGUUGUUGUGACUUCUACUGUAGCAUCAUCUCUAAGACCUGAAAAGAUUGUCUUUCAUGUCAUCACUGACAAGAAGACUUAUGCCGGGAUGCAUUCUUGGUUUGCGCUAAACCCUGUCUCCCCUGCUAUCAUUGAAGUCAAAGGCGUCCAUCAGUUUGAAUGGUUGACCAGGGAGAAUGUUCCCGUGCUCGAAGCUGUAGAGAGCCAUAAUAGUAUCAGGAACUAUUAUCAUGGAAAUCAUGUUGCUGGAACAAAUCUCAGUGAUACAACUCCACGUAUGUUUGCUUCAAAACUACAAGCUAGAAGUCCAAAGUACAUUUCCUUACUCAACCACCUGCGGAUAUAUUUACCUGAGCUGUUCCCGAACCUCGAUAAGGUGGUAUUUUUGGACGAUGAUGUUGUCAUUCAGCGUGAUCUAUCUCCACUUUGGGAUAUUGACCUUAAAGGAAAGGUUAAUGGUGCUGUGGAAACAUGUAGAGGCGAGGAUGAGUGGGUUAUGUCCAAGCGUUUCAAGAACUACUUCAAUUUUUCUCAUCCCCUCAUAGCAAACAACUUGGACUCAGAAGAAUGUGCUUGGGCUUAUGGAAUGAAUGUAUUCGACCUUCAUGCAUGGAGGAAGACAAGUAUCAGAGAAACAUACCAUUCCUGGUUGAGAGAGAAUCUGAAAUCAAACCUGACCAUGUGGAAGCUUGGAACCUUGCCCCCAGCUUUGAUUGCAUUUAAAGGUCAUGUGCAUGCAAUUGAUCCUGAGUGGCAUAUGCUAGGGUUGGGGUAUCAGAAUAAGACAGACAUCGAAAGUGUGAAGAGAGCUGCAGUAAUCCACUACAAUGGCCAGUCAAAACCAUGGUUGCCAAUCGGGUUUGAGCAUUUGCGGCCAUUUUGGACAAAGUAUGUCAAUUACUCCAAUGAUUUUGUACGCAACUGCCACAUCAUGGAGACGUAG